GAAGACGAGCGCGAGACGACAAAAGACCAAGUAACGCCAAAAUCACGAAAAAUUCAAUAUUGCGCUUCUCCAAAUUAUUUUUAGUUCUUUGUGUACGAUUUAAUAUUUUUUCAGCAUGACUUCGAAGAAGAAAAAACAAGCUUCUGGUCAACAGACCCAGAAAUCUGGCUCUGGAAGCACAGCACAACCCAAAACUCCCGGGCGUUUCAAAAUGAAGUCAAAACAAAAGGACGAGAGCGCGAAAGAUUCUUCACCGUCACUUGUUCCAUUUACGAAACAUGGGAUCGGUUAUGCUUCAUUAGUACUGAUAAUCGCUGCAAGUUUUGGGAUAUUCCAAAGCUACCAUGUAUCAAGAAUGUUUGAAAACGAGCGAUUUUUCUCGCAUUUGUCAGCGUUGGAGAGAGAAUUGUCGUUUAGGACGGAGAUGGGCCUGUACUAUUCGUAUUAUAAAACUAUUGUGGAAGCCCCAACCUUCCUUGAUGGAGUUCAUUCUGUUAUGAAUUGCAAUGUAACAGAAUAUCCAGAUACCAUCAACACUCUGAAAAGGUUGAAUUUAUAUCCAGAGGUUGUGUUAGGAUUUGCUUUUCGCAUGUAUGACUCGUUCACCACAAGUUUUAAUAUUCACACCAAGACAUGCUAUACUGUUAACAGAGGUUACAACCAACCUCCUGUACAAAGCUGUGAAGGUAUGGGGGAACUGUCGUUCUUCUAUGUUUAUGCCAUCUUCUAUUUAAGCGGACUCAUGAUAUCCAUGUUUUUCUUGCUCUGCUUUUUUCUCAGUGGCAGUAUCCUCGGUGGACUUAUAGGCACGUUGUCAUACCUGUAUAAUCAUGGUGAAUGCACCAGAGUUAUGUGGACACCACCCCUACGAGAAAGCUUUUCAUAUCCUUUUCUUGUUUUCCAACUUCUGGCUGUUACCUUAACAAUAAAGUCACCUAAGGUUGACUGGAGACACAUGUCAUUAGUUGCCAUAACAACAAGCUUGUUUAUGUGGGACAUUUAUUAAACUUUGUGAUUCAGUUUGGAAACUCCAUGCUUCUGAGUUCAUUCUUCUUGUCAGCUCUCAUCACAACUUUGGCACAUAUCACAAGCAUCUUGCGUUCAAAGUUCUCCAGCUUCAGGAAUUUUGACACGGCUUUGUACACAUGUGCUCCAGAAUUCGACUUUUUAGAUCCAGAGAACCCGAUAAAGUUGACCAAGACGUUGCUGUUACCGGCUGCAAUCGUGUCUGUCACAGCUGUUCUACUAAAGAUUCUAAAAAAUGAGUGGGAUAUCAUGAUGGCUACGAAAGACAAGAAAGAAAAUCCUAAAAUGUCAGAUCCUGAAUCGGAUGAGGAGGAGACAGAAGACCUCAAGAAGAGAGUGAAUCUUAAACCUCACGCAGAGGCCAUGUCUGUUCAAGGAAUCAUGAACCUACAAACUCAGUUUGCGACACAAGGGGAGUACAACAACCCAGAACAAGAGGCACUGGUAGAGUGGAUCAACACCAAGACACCUCGAACUGCUGUGUUUGCUGGUGCCAUGCCAACCAUGGCUACCGUCAAACUGUGCACCGGACGAGCUAUUGUUAACCAUCCUCACUAUGAAGACGUUGGCAUUAGAGAAAGAACUCACAAAGUGUAUCAGAUUUUCAGCCGGAAGCCGCCAGCUGUUGUCUGGCAAACUCUGAAUUCCAUGAAAGUUACCCAUGUUGUUGUUGACGUUCAGUGGUGCAGAGGAAGACCUAAAGCUGGCUGUGGUAUGGUAGACAUCUGGGACCUAGAAGACGAAGAAAACAGGUCUAGACCGAGCUGCUGUAGUGUUCUAAUGGACAAUCCAGCGCCUUUCAAAAAGGCGUUCAGCAACGACAAAUAUUACGUAUUUCAACUCCAUCACAGAUAACACUUUAGUGCUUGCUUUCUCUUAAGAUCGUUAAUUUUUAUCAAGAGGUAUGCCGUCUAUGGCGGUCGCUUGUUUGGGUUUUAAGAUAAUUAACUAAUUUAUGAAACUGGAGUAGGAUUGAAAAUAAAUUUUUACGUAUUAAAAACAGAAAUUCGUGUGCGUUUACGAGC